UCGAGGGUGAGUCCAUGUGCGUGAUUCCUGGAAUGUGUGCAUUUAAUGUUUUGAUUAUUUUGUCGAAUUAAAUAUUUUAAUUGAUAGCUUGAAUUGUGAUUAUUGAAAAUUAUCGUGCUAACGUCAAGUGCAAUAGUGUUCAGUUAUGUUUUUCGGCUUACGGAUGUAUUUGGUGUUUUAUUCCACGGAAAGUGUGUUUGGUUCCGGAGAAAAUUGAUGUAGAUCAUGGCAUUUCAUGAUUUUAGAGUGCUCAGAACGAUGAAUGUAGCAGCCAGCUUAAUACAGAUUUUUGUUCUAGUGUAUUUAGUUUAAUGGCCGAAGCCUUUAUAAUUCCAGUGUCAAAAAAUAUUUACCCAAACUAUUACUUAUGAGGGCUGCUGACAAGUUAUUCCUUAAUUAUUUUUACAAAAUGGAAGAAAAAGAAAGAUCAGUUUUGAAUCCCUAUUCUUCGUUAUCCAACUCGGGUUUUUUAAGGCUGCUUAGUUUUGUUUGUUUACACGUUGUGCUGUUAUUUUUAGUUCCUGUUACAUUAGCUGAUCCUUUACAAGCUCCUAGGUUUAUCACGCAACCCUCCUCAUCUAGUAAUAUUGUCAUUGAAGGACGAACGAAAAUCUUACAAUGUCAAGCUUUAGGAAACCCUAUACCCGUGUACCGGUGGCUCAAGGACGGUCGGGAGAUAGGCGAUUAUACUUCCGAAUACUAUCACAGAAUACAAAAUACCAAAAAAGAAGAUGGUGGCUCGUAUCAGUGCAUUGCAAAAAACGAUGUCGGCUCCAUUCUCAGUCAGAAAGUCGACGUCUCUGUUGCCUAUAUGGGAGCAUUCGAAGACCAGACUGAAAAAUCUGUCACCGUCCAAACGGGUCACGCAGCCGUCCUAGAACUACCUCCAAUCGAAAGUUACCCUCCACCCUUAGUUAUGUGGCAAGUAGAUGAUGGAAAUACAAUUUUCGGCCGCAAGUUUUUUGUUACCACCUCUCACCAACUCGUCGUUCUUGCUUGCUCAAAAGAUGAUCAAAAAGCAUACAGGGCUCGUGCAACAAAUACUCAACUUGGAAAAGAGGAAGAUAGUGCAUACAUAAGAUUAAUUGUGACAGGAUCAGAAACAUUGACGGAAGUAGCUCCAGAGAUCGUUAUCAAACCAGUUGAUACUCAUAUUAUCAGAGGACAGCAAAUAAUUGAACUUCAGUGCAUUGCCAAUGCUUGGCCUCUUCAUGAACUGGAAACUCUGUGGUUUAAGGAUGGCAUUCCUGUCGAAAACACUGCAAUAGCCUACAACUUCAAUGACCCAUGGAAUAGAACUUUAUCUCUUCUCUCAGCUAACUUAACACAUACAGGAAAAUAUACUUGUCAAGUUGGUCUUCGAAGUGGCGGAUACCCAACUGUUUCUGCUGAUGCCAAUGUCGUUGUAUUAGAGCCUCCCUCUUUUCCUGGCAGUAGCAAAUUAGAAUAUUUGGGUGAAUUUGGAUCUACUGUUAAUCUACCUUGUGAAGCCCUAGGAGUCCCCACUCCGAACAUUACUUGGCUCAGAAAUGCUGCUGACAUCACAAAAAUAACAAAUCACAACAGGUAUACAAUUGAAGAGGAUGGGGCUUUAGUCAUAAAAAAGUUGAGAAUGGAAGAUAGUGGCAUGUUUCAAUGUGUAGCUAGUAACGAGGCUGGCUCUGAAUCUAUCAACACUUGGCUGAAAGUUAAAACAUCCGCUCCGAUAAUGGAAGUACCACCACAAAAUAUCACCGUUCUUGAUGGCAAAGAUGCAGUUUUAACUUGCCGUGUCGCCGGUGCUCCAAUACCAAACACAACAUGGAUUUAUGAAGAUCAUCAGCCUGUUGACUCUAAUGGCCGUUUUCAAAUUCUGGAGCAGGGUGACUUAUUAAUUGCUGCUGUACGAGAACAAGACUCAGGGAAAUACACAUGCCUACGGGCCAAUGAGGCAGGCAAAGUGGAAGCUAGUUCGUUUGUCAGUGUUUUAGUUCGUACUCAAAUCAUUCAGCCUCCUGUCGAUACCAGAGUGCUUCUUGGUCAUACCGCCACUAUGCAGUGCAAAGUCUCCAGCGAUCCUUCAGUGCCUUACCAGAUUGAUUGGUUUUAUAAUGGACAAUUGGUAACAGCUGGCUCCCCACCUCGUAUAACAGUUUCGGGCGAUGGUACUCUUGAAAUAACUGGAGUACGAGCAUCUGAUGUUGGAGAUUAUGUCUGUGCACUUUUAUCUCCAGGAGGAAAUGAAACAAGAACGGCAAGAUUGAAUGUCAUUGAACUUCCUUUUGCACCAUUAAACGUUAAAGCCUCCAAAAUUGAUCCAAGAGGGGUUAAUGUCUCAUGGACUCCCGGUUUUGAUGGAAAUAGCCCUAUUUUGAAAUUCAUCGUCCAGAGACGUGAAGUUUCUGAGCUUGGACCCAUUCCAGAUGUUUUCUUGAGUUGGAUGACUGAAUUGAGCAAUGUCUCCGCGGACAGCCGCUGGAUUAUGUUGCAACAGUUAAAAGCAGCCACAACGUAUCAAUUUCGAGUCAGUGCUGUGAACAGCGUUGGAGAAGGUCCACCAUCCGAUCCAAGUAAUGUUGUUAAACUACCGCAAGAACCACCAUCUGGUCCACCGAUUGGCUUUUUGGGAUCUGCUCGUUCUUCAUCAGAGAUUAUUACUCAAUGGCAACCACCUUUAGAAGAGCAUCGUAAUGGCCAAAUUCUUGGAUACGUCAUACGCUACAAGCUAUUUGGUUAUAAUGAGAGCCCAUGGAAUCUGCAAAAUGUGACUAACGAGGCUCAAAGAAACUUUCUAAUUCAAGACUUAAUUACAUGGAAAGAUUACAUCUUACAGAUAGCUGCAUACAAUAAUAAAGGGAUUGGGGUUUUUAGUGAUGGUCUCAAGAUAAAAACACGCGAGGGAGUGCCAGAAGCAGCACCAACAAGUAUCAAAGCAAAAGCUGUGAAUUCAACAAGCAUUGAAGUCUGGUGGAAACCUCCAAACCCUCAAAAAAUCAACGGAAUAAAUCAGGGAUACAAAAUUCAAGCGUGGAUUAAUGAGACUUUGAAUCAUGUGAUGAAUGUUCCCCCGAGUCUAUUUGACCCACUGGCCCAGCAAAUGGCAAUCAUAUCAGGUUUAGACAAGUACACACUCUACAAUAUCACAGUGCUAUGUUUCACAGAUCCAGGAGAUGGGCCUUCGAGUGUUCCUGUACAAGUUCGCACAGAGGAAGAUGUUCCCGACGAAGUUGGUAGUUUACAAUUUGAUGAAGUUUCAGAUCGAGCAGUGACCGUCAUCUGGACACCGCCGAAACAUAUUAAUGGUGUCCUGAAAGGAUACACAUUGUCAUACAUGAUUAAGGACAAGCCAGACACAUUACGAACUGAAAAUCUGAAUAGCACUACCCUUAAGGUCAACAUCAAAAAUUUACAGGCAACCACACAUUACCGAUUUGAAAUUUCUGCAACAACCCGAGUAGGUUCAGGCCCCAUCCGUGCAGCAGUCAUCCAAUCAGGCAUAGAACCUGUUCUCCCACAUCCUCCCACUAAGCUUGCUCUCACAAAUAUUGAAGCAUUUUCGGUUGUAGUUCAGUUCACGCCUGGUUUUGAUGGAAACUCCUCCAUAGCAAAAUGGAUUGUAGAAGCACAAACAGCCAGGAACACAACCUGGUUCCCUAUAUUUGAAGUAUCCAGUCCGGACGCAACUACGUUGACCGUUGUUGGACUCAGCCCAUUCACCAUGUACAGAUUAAGAAUCAUAGCAAGUAAUGUUGUUGGGAUGUCUGAGCCAUCAGAGCCAACAAAAGAAUUUCAGACAAUCCAAGCACCGCCAUCUCAUCCGCCAAGAAAUGUAACUGUUAGAGCAAUGUCAGCCACUGAAUUGAGGGUUAGAUGGAUCCCCCUCCAGCAAAUAGAUUGGUAUGGAAAUGCCCGGGGUUACAAUAUAACGUAUAAAAAUACCAAAAAUAACCGUGUAUUGAGCAUCAGCAUUGAGGAUCAUACUACAAACAGUCAUGUGCUCGAUAACCUUGAGGAAUUCACAAGGUAUGAGAUAACUAUGUAUGCCUUUAAUGAUGUCGGGUCAUCCUCACCAAGUAGUCUGGCUGCUGAAACAACAAGAGAGUCGACUCCUUCAUUUGGACCACUUGGUGUUGGAGCUAAUGCCACUUCAUCCACAACAAUUGUUGUUCGUUGGGGUGAGGUACCAAUGGAGCAUUGCAACGGAGUGCUGGAAGGCUAUAAGGUUUAUUAUGCUGUCGGUGCAAGGUCUCAGUCUCCAGCUCAGUUCAAAGAUAUCCCCAACAACUCUACCUACACAACUACCCUAACCGAACUCCGAAAGUACGUUAUCUACAAUAUUCAAGUUUUGGCUUACACUCGUUUGGGUGAUGGGGUCCUGUCAACUCCGCCCGUUCGAGUUCAGACUUUUGAAGAUGCUCCUGGUGUGCCAUCAAAUGUCUCCUUCCCAGAUGUUUCUCUGACAACUGCACGGAUAAUUUGGGACGUCCCGAAAGAGCCCAACGGGGAGAUUCUAGCUUAUCGAGUCAAUUAUCAUUUGCAUGCAACUGGCAACUUGAAUUUCUCCAGGGAGUUCCCACCAUCCGACAGAACAUUCAGGGCCACAGAGUUAGAGCCAGAGCAAUAUUACAUGUUUUCUGUUACAGCUCAAACAAGAAUGGGUUGGGGGAAAACAGCUCUCGCUUUAGUCUACACGACAAACAACAGAGAGAGACCUCAACCGCCGAGUGCUCCUAAAGUGAGCCUCAGUCAAAUUCAAGCCACGCAAAUCACGUUCAACUGGACGCCAGGUCUUGACGGGUAUGCUCCUUUGAGGUACUACUCCAUUCAAAAAUCAGAAAAUUCAGGCCCGUGGACGACAGUCCCAGAAAAGAUUGAUCCUACUUUGACAUCCUACACUGCCACAGACCUAAAGCCGUUCACCCCUUAUAGAUUCAGGAUUGAAGCAAUGAAUGAUAUGGGCUCCAGUGGGUGGAGCCAAGAGUCAGCCCCUGCUCGAACUUUACCUGCUGCUCCAAGUCAAGGCGUUACCAAUGUCCGUGUCGUCCCCAUCACAACAACUAGUGUGCGUGUUCACUGGGAUACGAUCAAAGAACAGUAUUGGAGUGGAGAUCAUGCAACUGGAGGUUAUCGAAUUGUAUUUCAGCCAAUCUCAGACUUCCCCACAACUCUAAGAACAACUCCAAAACAGGAAGUUCAGGGAAUACAGGUUUCAGAAGUGAUUCUGACAGACUUAUCAAGGGACCGUAAUUAUGAAAUUAUUGUCGUACCAUUCAACUCACAAGGAAGCGGGCCACCAAGCCCUCCUGUCGCAGUCUACGUUGGUGAAGCUGUUCCAACUGGAGAGCCGAGAGAGGUUGAGGCAUUGUCUGUUUCAGCUACGGAAGUCCGAUUGAAAUGGUUACCGCCUCAACAAAGCCAGCAGAAUGGUGAUCUCCUUGGCUACAAGAUUUUUUAUCUUGUCACUGAAUCACCGCAAGAACUCUCCGCUGAGGACAAAAUAGAGGAAGAGACUGAAGUUGUACCGGCCUCAUUUACCUCUCACAGUCUCGUUUUCCUCGACAAAUACACUCAGUAUCGAAUUCAAAUUCUUGCGUUUAACCCAGCGGGAGAUGGACCUAGAUCAUUGCCAGUUAUUGUCAAAACACAACAGGGCUUGCCUGGACCUCCAAGGAAUUUAAGAUUUUCCGAGAUAACAAUGAGUGGUUUGCGUGUUUCUUGGGAUCCUCCGAAGAAAAGGAAUGGUGAAUUGCUGGGCUAUCUUGUAACGUAUGAAACAGCAGAGCAAAAUGAAAAGUUCAGCAAGCAGGUAAAACAAAAAGUAACGGAAACAAGUUUAAAAUUAACAACUCUGGAAGAAAGAGUGUCGUAUACAUUCAGCGUUCGAGCCCAGACUAUUGACUAUGGUCCAGCAGUCAAGGACAAUGUCACAACAGGUCCUCAAGAGGGCUCUCCAACCAGUCCACAAAAUUUAGUCAUCAUGAAAAUGGAAUACGAUUCUGCUGUGAAAUUAAAAUGGACCAAUGGGCCAUCUGGGCAAGGUCCCAUCCUCGGUUAUCAUUUCCAAUAUAGGCCGAAUGUUUUGGAAGAUUGGCAAGAUCAUGAUACACGAUGGACAACUGCUGUGCAAACAACCAAUGGCCCGUUAGAGGAGUAUACAAUCUUGUAUGAAACAUUUGUUCCUUCGACAGUCUGUCAUCUCCGUGUAAUAGCGUACAACAAGUACGGAAUCAGUUACCCUGCUACCUAUGAAAAUCCUAUUAUUAUUCCAACAAGAUUCUCCUACAGUUAUGUUCAACGAGAGCCUUUCCACCGACAGACAUGGUUUAUGGUUGCUUUAGCUGCUGCCUCUAUUGUCAUAAUCAUCAUGGUGAUUGCUAUUCUGUGUGUCAAAAGCAAAAGUCACAAAUACAAACAAGAAGCCCAGAAGACAUUAGAAGAGUCCAUGGCGAUGGAUAUUGAUGAUCGUCAGCAACUUGCGUUGGAGUUGUACCGGUCAAGACAUGCUGGUGGGGCUAGUAUUAGUGGAACUCUGAGUAAGAGAGGAACUUUAGCACGCAAGUCUAUGGUACAUCCAGGGCCUCAUCCAAUGCUGGGUAAAUCUCCACCAAGACCAUCCCCGGCCUCCGUUGCUUAUCAUAGCGAUGAGGAAAGUCUAAAAGGAUAUGAUGAGAACCCUGAUGACAGUUCCGUAACGGAGAAACCAUCAGAAAUCAGCUCAACUGACUCACAGGGAUCCGAAAGUGAAAAUGAGAGUGUCUGCUCAGACCCUCAUUCGUUUGUGAAUCACUACGCAAAUGUAAAUGACUCUUUGCGACAGUCAUGGAAGCGACAGAAACCUGUUCGUAAUUAUUCAAGCUACACCGACUCCGAGCCAGAGGGUAGUACAGUUGUUAGUUUAAAUGGUGGACAAAUCAUCAUGAAUAACAUGGCCCGAUCUCGUGCGCCAUUACCAGGGUUUUCUUCUUUCGUUUAAAAGAGGAGCUUUUAUCAAAUGACUUAUUUUUUUGAAGACUGUUUUAUGUAUUAGAUUUUUUUUUAAAAUAAUUAUAAAGACCUGAGCCAAUAUGUCUUUAAAUUAGAUCUCCUAAUAUUUUUGUUGUCGAGUGUCUCUUUUUUUUCUUCUCUUUCGUCUCGAAAUUUUGAAAUGAAAGCUCAUAGGUAAAUCUGUUAAAGAGGUAAAGCUUUGUUUAGUUUUAAUUUCACACUGCAAAUUUAUAGAACUGAGAACAAUUUAUUAAUCAACAGUUAAUCUAUCUUCCACUUUUCUCAUAUCUAGCGAGACUAAUUUCCAAAUGACAUCAAAACCAACUCAAAAGUUAGAUAAGUUAGAUCGAAAGAGGUCACAUUGUUUGGACUUAUCUAUUUGGGACCUCUGAUGUACAAAUUCUGUUGGCUCAGGUCCAAAAGCAUUACUGGGCCCAGGAUUUUUUUAUUUUUAGUACUUUUAUUUUCGUCCCCCUCCCUUUAUUUUUGUUGCUAAAUAUGGCCCAGUAUUUACACUUGAAAUUGCCAUCCAAGAAAUACUUUUUUAAAAUUUUUACAAAAAUGUCUCAGUCCAUUUUUACUUUAUUGACUUGUUCAUAACUCUUAAUUUUACUCAGUAUUUUUUUUAUUUUUUCCAAACGCUAUGAUUGCUUAAUGUGUAUUUAGUAGUUAUUAGCAGUUUUUCCAUCUGUGAUCAGACUGUAAAUACGUAAUUUUAGAAGCUACAGAAGCUAAUUUAGUAUUCAUUAUCUUUAAAUGAAAGACUGUUCCUUAUGCAGGAUUUUCUUCCCUGUAAAUUGUCUAGGAUAACUAGUUCUAUUAGAUGUAAUGACUUUCUGAAAAUUAAGGCUUUCUAAUGGUCUUUGUAUGCUUUAUUUUGAUGGGAAUCUAAAAACUACUUCAUGCUUGAUCACGCUUCCUCAUUCCAUCGUCGAUCAACAAGUUCAUUUUCAAUUAUAAUUUGUAGUCUUUAAAUAAUUUUGAGGCAUUCUUCAAUGAAAAUGCCACUUGAGGGAAGUUUAUUUUGCAAUUCUAAGUCACUAGAGAUUUUUUUUUGUUAUUAAUGGUUUCUCUGUAGUUUGAUGUUCUUUUAGCUCUUUCAGCUAUUAGUAACUCUUUCUCUGUUGAGUUGAUCUCAUGGCUAGCUUUAUCAUUUACCCGCGAGGCAAUAACUAUCAUUGAAUUGAAAGAAAAAGAUGAAUUUUUCUUUCCCUUCCCCUCCUCAAUUACAUUUUUUUAUUAUCUACCUCCUCUGUAUUCAUUACAAGUAUUUGAAGACCCAAGGAAUGUGUAUAUUAUCAUUUAUUAAUGCAUUAUACUCGACCAUGAGUCUUUUCCAAUAAAGUCUAUAAUUUUCCUUAUGUCUUUGUCAUUCAUGUAUGCAAUCAAGUGAGAAUUUUCUACGAGGAAAUUUUUAAUGGAAUUUUAAUGUGUAGUUGUAGAAUUCAUUAGGAAGUUAUGCAAAACAACUGUUUGAAAAGUGUAUCACUACUUACAUAGAACAUUUUUAGAUUCUUAUGAAAUUUUUGCUUAAAUUUUUAGAAUUUGCACACUCUUCAAAUAAUGACAUCAGAGUGUCUUUUGAUACAUAUCAUCUAAUAGUUGUUCAUGUCUUAUUUAUUUUUGAUAUUUAAACAUAAGGGCUCCUGAGGAAUUUUAUGUAUUUUAUCUUUCAUCAUUCAUUACCUGAAAUUUGUGGUGAAUCAUUUCAUCUUCCAUCUUUUUUGUGAAAUGAGGUAUGCAUUGGCAACCUGAAACACCGAGGAAUUGUAUCUGAACUUUGACAUUGAUUGUUUCUCUUUUCAAAAUUUUUUUGAUGCAAUUUUUUGAAUUUUGAAUUUUCUUUGCAUUUUACUAGAUCAGUGUCUGCGCGCAUGCCUAACUUGGGCUAAUACUUGAAAGAAUCUCUGUUUAGUAGUACAGUGGGUCUGUUGCAUGCAAGAGAUGCAGUCAAGUGAACAGACUUUUUAUGGGUAAAACCUGAGGAAAAUAACAAAGACUCAUAAAAAAAAUCCAAAUCCCCCUCUUGGCGUGUAAUAUAUGUAGUUUGUAUUGCCAAGUAAUAAUUCACCUAAUCACUCUCUCAUUGACUACCUUCCUUUAUUUUAUUAUUGCCUGCAUAUUUCUACAUCAACAUAAUGGUUUCCAAUUAUUAAAUAGCCCCUGUCAAGAGUUUUUUUACCCACCCAUUUGCAUGAAAUCAUUUUAUUUUUGAAGACUAUCGCCCUGUAAUGAAUUCGAAGUUUUAUUUUCGAUCGCCUCGUAGUGACCUAUUAAAUAGCCCCUGUCAAGAGUUUUUUUACUCACCCAUUUGCAUGAAAUUAUUUUAUUUUUGAAGACUAUCGCCCUGUAAUGAAGUCGAAGUUUUAUUUUCGAUCGCCUCGUAGUGACCACCAUAAUUGUGCUGUAUAAAUUUUCUUUUAUUAUUGUAAAUAUGUAUGUAACUUGUACAAAGAAGCUGUAAAUGUAGUUUCCCUGCUUGUGACCCUUAAAGCCGUAGAUAAGCUCAAGUUGCGAGAUUGAAAUGUCACGCCCUGAAUCUAGAUCAAUCUGUCGCUCCCCUGCUCUACUACUAUUUUCCUUGUGUUCACUUUUCCAACAAUCAUAGCGCAUUACUAUGAUCUAUGGUCCCUCGUUUCAACACAGCUAAUACCUCUGAUUGAUGUGUAGACUCUUUAGGGGUUAACGAAGAGGUUAAGAGACCAAAAUACUUAUUUUUUUUUUGGCAGAUUGCUUUAUGAAGAUGGAUUGAUGUAGAAUAAAUUGGUGCAAUAAUGUCAUGCUCUCUGUAUAAACUGUUUGUAAUCUAUAUUUUAUUCAUUAAUGGUUGCUUAUUUAGCCCAGAAAAUACUCCAAAAUUGCAUUACUUGACAAAAAAAUUCGGAAUUUUCAUAAAAAAUCAGCAACCUAACUUUUUACUUUAAAAGAUAUGAAAUAACCAAACAUUUAUUCUAGAUCUCAUCUCAUAAGUAAUACAGUUUAGAUUCUACAAAGACUUGUAAACAAGUACUUGUGAAAAGGAAGGAAGGAUAAUACUUGUGUUAAAUGAUUUUCUUUAUGUAGAUAAUUUGUCAUAUGUCUCUCGUUUGCUGCUCAUCACCUAAGCACUUAUACUAAAUUCAAAAUGUAUUUUGUAGUCAAUUAUGCUGUAAUGAGAAGUUAGGUAGAUUAAAAAUUGUCAACAAUAAGAUCAAAACCUUAAUUAGUUUCAUGAAUCUUCCAAUGUUUUCAAAUUUUUGUCUUGAAAAGUGCCUAUAAUAAUACUUGUUUAAAAAUUAAGAAUUCUUUUUUUUACCUUAUACUAAUGUAAAGUUUUUUUAAUCAUAUUUUGGUUUUUAAGUUUUCAUGCACAUGUAUGACUCUACUUGAUUUCGCUUUCAUGUAGUAGGGCUGAGAUUAUUUUUUCAUCGUAAAUGUACCAAUUUUAACCUGCCAUUACACAAGCAUUAGUGGAACAUAUGACUAUCAAUGACAUUGCCAAUGAAAAGUCUGUUGCUAAAAUUGGAAUAAUUUUUUCUGAAAAAUUCCUGUGUUUAAGCACUGUACCUUUAUUUGGCUAGUUCCAUGCAUGUUCUCAACAAGUUUUUUCAACUCAUCGUCAGUCUCACUCCCUGCUUGCAUUAUUGACCAAAAGUCCAUGUAAUAAGGGAUGAAGAGAUCCAAUUAUUCGUUUGAAGAUUGAUUUAAUAAACAAGAAAGAUUUAAGGGAAUUGCCCAAUUUCCUCAAGCCAUUUCCUUUAGCCCCAGGACUAUAAAGUGAAUUUUUUUCAGCACUAUCACAGAUUCA